AUGGACUCUCAGUGUCUACUUUCCCGGCGAUCGCACGCCUCGACCGAGGCCCUCCAGCAGUUUGGCUUUCGAGCUGUGCAGAAUCCCUCCGCUCCAAGGGUAAAUGAUGAGGCAGCCGUCGACCUCUCCGUGGCUGAGAACUGGUGCAUCCGCUCGGAAAUGAUAUCGUUGUUCCAAGAGGCAGUUCUCACAGGGCUUAAUGAUCGACGACUGUCCUAUAGCAACAGCUAUUUCGGAGAUACAGAGUUAAUCGAGGCAUUAGCUUCUUUCUUCAACCAGUAUUUUCAGCCAUAUCGACCUGUAGAGCCUGCGCAUUUGGCCAUUGGACCGGGCUCAUCGGCUUGUCUGGAUGCGCUGAUGCAUCACAUUUGCGAUCCUGGCGAAGGGGUUUUGGUUCCAGUUCCCUUUUGGAAUGGAUUCGACUUCCACUUCACUAUUCGUGCCGGGGUACAACUCGUUGAAGCACAAGUCGACACCCUGCACAACACGACGGACCCUGACGUCUUGAUCGCUGCGUUGACGCAGGCAUUCGACAAGAGCCCGUGCAGGAUCCGAGCUCUCGUCAUCACCAAUCCGGGUAACCCUCUAGGCCAGUGCUAUUCCCAGGAAGCACUUCGACGCUGCGCGCAGUUCUGCCAACAGCUGAACCUGCAUCUUGUCUGCGAUGAGCUAUACGCCCUCUCCUGCUUCCGGCCAGAUGAAGUCAAGGCAAAUGGCUUUACUUCAAUUUUGUCGCUGGAUCUGGAGUCCUGUGGAGUUGACCCGUCACGAGUCCACACUGUCUGGAGUCUGAGCAAGGACUUUGGUUGUAGUGGUCUUCGCCUAGGAUGUACCAUCUCACAAGCAAAUCCUACGCUUCUCCUGGGCCUGUGCUUGCCAAUGAGCUCAGAAGUGUCUUCAUUAACUGCGCUGUGUACCACCAGUCUCUUGACCUCCCCAGAGCUUCCAAGGCUUAUCCGGUUGAAUACCGAGAGGCUAUUGGACUGCUACAGGCUCUUGACCAACUUCCUCGACUCCCGCCACAUCGACUAUAUACCAGUCACAGCCGGACUGUUUGUUUUUGCUCGGUUGAUGACGACGGCAAAGUCAUGGGACGAUGAAGCCAAUCUCCAGCAAUGCCUACGACGAGAGGGUCUGCUUGUCAGUCCGGGGAAGCUAUAUCAUCUCCCUUCGGGACAGAAUGGCUGGUUCAGAUUGACUUUUGCUAUACCAAAGGAUCAACUAUCCAAGGCAGUGGCUAUUCUGGCCUGUUGUUUAUGA